AUGACGGCUGACAUCGACGAUGAUGGCAAGGACAUGGUGAUUGCCAUUUUGGCAUAUCUUCAGCAAAAGAACUGGACCAAGGCAAGCAAGGCACUGCAAAAGGAAGUCGAAGCGAAAUGGGGUGCAGGACACGUCACGCAAGGAAAACUGGUUUUGCAACCACAAACGGCCAACGUGGACGAGGAAUCUUCCAAAAAGAAAACCUCCUCCAGCAGUAGCAGCAGUGAUAGCAGCAGCAGUGAAGAAGAAAAAAAGCAAAAAGUCAAGAAGGAAUCACCCAUUGCCCGAAAGAAGAAGGAGAAAAAAGAUACUCAAGACAAGAAGAAGAAGAAGGCGAAAGAUAGCAGUGACUCGUCUUCAUCGUCUUCAUCCUCAGACAGCAGUGAUGAUGAGAAAAAGGAAACCACCAAAGUUGACAAGAAGCCUGACAGCAAAAAAGUUAGCAAAGCAGCAAAAAAGGUGAAAGAUAGCAGUGACUCGUCAUCCUCAGACAGCAGCGACAGCGAGGAAGAAAAACCAAAACCGUCACAAGCCAAAAAAUCCAAAUCAGACUCUUCGUCUUCUUCUUCCAGCAGUGACAGUAGUGACGAUGAUGAAAAAAUGAAAGAUGUGAAAAAAGCACCUGCAACCAAAAAAUCUACACCCAAGCAAGCCACAAAAAAAUCUACACCCAAGCAAGCCGCCAAAAAGGAUGAUUCAUCUUCCUCUUCCAGCAGUAGCGACAGCAGCGACAGUGAAGCAGAAACACCCAACAAACCACAGUCCAAAAACCAAAAGAAGGACGAGAACUCUUCUUCAUCCAGUGAUUCCGACUCUAGCAGCGAUGAUGAUGAGAAGAAGAAAAAAACCAAUAAUAAACCAAUCGCAAAGAGAACAGCAACGCCAGCAGCCAAGAAAGCAGCUCCAGACUCGGACAGUGACUCUUCUUCUUCCAGCAGCAGUGAUUCCGAUGAUGGCGAAGAUAAAAAGAAACAGGCAGCAAUCAGCAAGAAAAAAGGUAAAGUGGCGACCAAGAAGGACGAUUCCGACAGCAGCGAUUCCAGCGAUAGUGAUGAUGAUGAGAAGAAAGCAACCACCACCAAGAAGAAGAAAGCCAAGAAGGAUGACGACAAGGAAGUGAAGCUUGCCAUCCAAAAACUAUCCGACAAGAAGCAGAAGAAAAAGCGAGAGUCGGACGACAAGGGCCCCCCUAGCAAAAAGGCCAAAAAGUCGGCACACGUGUCACCCGAUGAUUCGGAUGAUGAUUCCGACGUCAGUGAUGUCGAAGUCUCGGAUGUGUCCUCGGUGGCAUCGGAGGAUGUUUCCAGUAGUAGUGAUGGAUCGUCUUCUGAUUCUUCCUCCUCGUCGGAUGACAGUUCCUCGGACGAGGAAAAUGAAGUGGCAGCACGAAAGCAACAAAAAUUGAAAGAACUCGCUCAGCGAGCCAAGGAAGCCGCAGCAGCGGCAUUGAACUGGAAACCAUCCAAACCUUCGGCAAACACCACUAUUACGACCGAGCGAGGGACCGACGGUGCCCAGGCUCUGAGCAAGGGGAAACCAUUCCAACGUGUCGACAGUGACUUUUGGGGCGAAAUGGCAGAAAACGAUGGUGGAGCCAUGGCCGACAACUCGUACGAAGGAGCUUUUGGACAGGAUGGAUUUGGUGCAAGAUCCAGCGAGAAACUGAUGCAAGUACGGGGCAAAGAUUUCCGACACGAAAAGACAAAGAGGAAGAGGAGUUUUAAUGGAUUCGCGAGAACGGGUGGAGCUAUCAACACGGAACGGAGCUUCUCUACCAAAUAUACCUAUGACGAUUAAAUGGCGUAGACUCUUAGACCUUGCUUCAAAAAACAAAGCUGUGAGCCAGUACAGAGUUUGAUCUCGGAUCAGUUGGGAUGGCCUUCUGCAAUCCUGUUCCUGAUGUACAGGUACUGCUGCCAAAGAAUAAAACUAUAGAUUGUCAUUUGCAAAGU